AUGGCGAUUUUGUCUGAAGGGAACCCGUAUCGUCAACACCAGCAGCAGCAUCGUGAACGGGCAGCCAGCACCAGCGCCAGCAACCCCACGGGCAGAAUCAGCGCUUCCGGGCUGCCGCCUCCGACCAACGACACCACCACCACCACCAGCACUCCUCCUUCCACCACGUUUUUUCCCUCCUCCACGCUUCGCACAGUCGGCACCCGUACGCUCCCGUCCGCGUCCCUUUCCGACCCUCCCCUCCUUCCAAUCUGCGGUCACGAGCGUGGUUUUGUCCAGCCCUCCUCCUACCUCCGAUCACGACCCCCCUCACAUCCAAUGCCCCCAUCUCAGCCGGACAGGGCGAUCGAUCGGGAGGAGCGUCAAGGCCUGAGUGCCAUUCGCAACUUCCUCAAGGUUCGCACUAGCUAUGACGUCCUCCCGCUGAGUUUCCGGCUCAUUGUCUUCGAUACGGCGCUCUCAGUGAAAGAAAGUUUGAACAUUCUCAUCCAGAAUGGAAUUGUUUCGGCACCAUUAUGGGAUUCCAAGUCGUCCACAUUCGCUGGUCUUCUGACUACGUCGGAUUAUAUCAAUGUCAUUCAAUAUUACUUCCAGAACCCUGCAGCUUUGGACCAGAUCGACCAAUUCCGCUUGGAUAACCUUCGAGAGGUGGAAAAGGCAUUGGGCGUUGCGCCUCCCGAGACAAUCUCCAUUGAUCCAGAGCGACCGCUGUACGAGGCCUGCCGGCGUAUGCUCGAGUCCCGAGCUCGAAGGAUUCCGCUUGUCACCAACGAUAGCCAAACAGAUCGGCAUCUUGUCCUCAGCGUCAUCACGCAGUACCGUAUUCUCAAAUUUGUGGCAGUCAACCUUAACGACACGCAGAAACUGAAGAAACCCUUGGGGGAAAUUCAGCUGGGUUCCUACGAUGAUAUUGCGACCGCGUCAAUGGACACGCCGGUCAUUGACGUGAUUCAUAUCCUGGUCGAGCGGAGUAUAUCCAGUGUGCCGAUUGUGAACUCGGAAGGUGUUGUGUACAAUGUCUUCGAAUCAGUAGACGUCAUCACAUUGAUUAAGGGCGGCGUAUAUGAUGACUUGAGCCUUACGGUUGGCGAAGCAUUGAAGAAGCGACCUUCGGAUUUCCCUGGAAUCUAUACCUGCUCACUAAACGAUGGCCUAGACACCAUUUUCGAUACCAUCCGCAAAUCCCGCGUGCACCGUCUAGUUGUAGUAGACGACAAUUUCCGAUUAAAAGGCGUUCUUACACUAAGCGACAUUUUACAGUACAUCCUGCUAGAAGGUGAAGGUGACGAAGCUUUAUGA